AUGUCCUAUUUUUAUUUUCUAAAUUUUAUUUUCAGGUCUCAAACCCGAAGUUGGCUGAAAGUUUUCAACCACUUUAUUCAUUGCCUAGCUUCCAUUUAUGCUGUUAAUAUUUCUUUUACACAAGUAGUUAUUCCUCUGUUUAGUCGGAUUCAUUAUGGUGAAGAUGGUCUUUAUUUGGUGUUAUUAACAGCUAUUUUUCCUUCAAUUAUUCCUGGUUCUGUUUGUCUAUUUAUUGGAAUUUUUUAUGGAUUGCUUCAUUCAUGGCUUUCUAUGUUUGCUGAAGCAAUGUAUUUUGCUGACCGACAUUUUUAUUCGAAUUGGUGGAGCUCAAGAAACAUGGCUUAUUAUUACCGUUCUUGGAAUUUGGUGGUUCAUGAAUGGUUAUAUACUUAUAUUUAUAGAGAUAUUAGUAAUCUGCGUGGCUCCACCACUUUUGGCAAUGCUUUGGCCCAAAUGUCCGUAUUUUUCAUUUCUGCCGUAUUUCAUGAAUAUUGGUUCACUGUUGGCUUGAGAAUGUUUUACCCUAUUAUUUUCUUCCUAUAUUUUGUAAUUGGAGGUUUUUUUUUAAUUUUUAGAAAAUUUUUUAAAAUUUUAUUUUUAUUUUGGGUAUUAUCUUCCUACUUUCUAAUUUAA